AGCCUUUUGGAGCUCGAGGGAUUGGGUUGGGGACGGCAGAUGGGAUUUCUGGCUCCAGCCCCUCCAAAUCUUUGCCCGCUACCUCCUCCACACCUUCGCCCCGGCUAUUCGGCGCAUCGGGGUGGUUAUGAAGCCUCCAGCCCUCGUCGUGGAGUGGAUGAUGUCGAGCACUGGUCACUCUUCCACCGUCGCAUUGAGUUCCGCAACCUGCUGCCCUGCACGGACGCGGUCUUAUCUCGUGGGCUCGUGCUGUUCCGCCGACGACCUGCUGGCGGACCGCAAGGUGCCCUUCAGCCAGCUGGUCUCCCUCGUGAGACGCUUCUCCGAGACGGCCAACGGCGCGCUGGACAGCGAGGAGCCCUGCCUCCCGGGUGUCCCCGGGCGUCUCGCGCGCGUCCCUGAUCCGCGAGCGUGCCGGGGACGUCUUCUCGGCCUACGACGUGGACCAGAAGAGCAAGCUGGGGCGGGGCUCCUUCGGGACCGUGUCGCGGGCGAAGGACAGGGCGACCGGCAGGGUCUGCGCCGUGAAGACCAUGGCGCGGCCCGAGAAGGGCGACGUGGACCGGACCAGGGUGGAGGUGGCGCUGACGAAGGAGGUUGAUCACCCGAACAUUGUGAAGCUGUACGAGACUUUCGAGGAUCACCGCAAUCUUUACCUCGUCCUGGAGAUCUGCGAAGGUGGCGAACUCUUCGAUAAGGCUGGCGGCGCCCGGGAGUCUUCUCUCUUGAUCGUCGAGACGGGGCACCUCA